AUGGUGCUCUCCUUAUCAGUGCCCAGCUUCUCCCGCUCCAGCACAACCACUCCCCCGCUUCGAUCAAGAAAUGCCAGUACCAGCUACUCCGCAACGCUCAGCGAGGCCCUUCGCAAUAACCCAUUUGGCAGCUCAUCCUCUCGCACGCGGCCGUCCCUAGCAGCUUUCGAAGACCAGAAGCGGGAGCAGGAAGAACUUAAUGCCGCGCUUGAAACACUCGUCCAAAUCUUCCCUGACGUCAAGAUCGAAGUCUUCCGCGAGCUGCUUGUUCGAUUCGAUGGCAAUAGUAGGCUACCUGUCUGCGUCGAGCAGCUCCUGCGUCAUAAAGAGAAAUGGGUGGCAGGGCGAUGGAACGUUCCGUCAGCGUCAGGACCGGAAAAUGCACCGGCGGCCGCGGGGGCUGAUUCCGAGACGCCCGGAUCGUUGGUGCCCCCCGACGAGCGGUUCCGGACGGAGGAUUACAGGGCUGCCGUGAGGGGUGUUCUGGUUAAGGAAUUCAGCGGGCUGAGUCGGAGUACCGUGGAUGCGGUGCUGGCGGAGGUGAAUUUCUGCUAUCUUCGUGCUCGGCCUGUUUUGCAAGACCUUUCGCGGAAGACUUGGCGGGCAACAUUCCAAAACAUGCUUCCUUCGUUCAGGCGCAGGAAGGACAAAGAUGACAGCCAUCCUCUCAUCCUGUGGCAACGUCAGGCGGACGGUGAACCAGUUCCCCGGCUCAAGGAAACCGGAUGUGAGGAGCUGGAUCGCGAGCUACAUGAAUCAUUGGUAGCGCCGGUGCUUCGAGCGCGACAAGAGGAGCGAGAACGGGCGGACAUGGAAUUGGCUGAAGCAUUGAAUGAAAAGGAAGCCGAGGCGGCUAAUGCGUUGUACGAGUGCGAGUGCUGCUUCACAGAUGCCACGUUUGAGCAGAUAGCGAUCUGCUCCGACGGCAUGCACUUCAUUUGCUUCAACUGCAUCCGACAUACUGUUCACCAAGCACUCUUUGGCCAGGGCUGGGCUUCGUCUGUUGAUGUUGAAAGGUCGACAUUGAAGUGUUUGGCGCCGUCUCCCAGUGAACCCUGCAAAGGUAUCCUCAGUGCCGAUCUAGUCAAACGUGCUAUACUUCUCGACAAGGCUGGCCUGGAGACGUACUCCAAGUUUGAAUCAAGGCUUGCAUCCGAUGCCCUUCUCAGGUCCCAAUUCAAACUCAUCCGCUGUCCUUUUUGUUCCUACGCCGAGGUUGAUCCCGUUUAUCAUCCCCCCGCAAACGGUGUUAAUUGGCGCUUCCGCAGGGACGGACUUAUCUCUACUCUUUUAAUGAUUUUCUUAUUUCUGGACGCAAUACCCUUUCUUCUUGUGAUCGCAGGGAUAAUCUAUUUAAUAGACCCUACCGCCCUUCCUACAAUUCUCAACAACUCUCUACUAAACCUGCGCCUCAAAGUCCGCAUGAAGAAAUUUACCUGCGCGAAUACAAAGUGCCGACGGACCAGCUGCAUCACCUGUCAAAAGCCGUGGCGUGACCCGCACGUCUGCCAUGAACCUUUGCUUCUGGACCUCCGAGCCACCGUCGAGGCCGCCCGCACUGCCGCAGUGAAGCGCACCUGUCCCCGCUGCGGCCUUUCCUUCGUCAAGUCCUCCGGCUGUAACAAACUGACCUGUACCUGCGGCUAUUCAAUGUGCUACCUCUGCCGGAAAGCUCUUGGGCCACCACUAAAAACCCGCGACCGCCGACGACCUCUACGCCAAGAAAACAUCAACCCCAUGGGCAUCGGCGAAGCUCACGAGCCCAACCUCGAUCCCCAACCAGACCAGGAUGAGGACGAAGACGAAGAAGAAAACGAAGGCUACCGCCAUUUCUGCGAACACUUCCGCGCUAACCCGGGCUCCCGCUGCACAGCGUGCAACAAAUGCGAGCUCUACCAAGAUGAAGACGAAGAAGCCGUUGCGCGACGAGCAGGCGAGAAAGCCGAGUACGAGUGGCGCAUUCGACACCAAAUGGCUGCUGCUGGUGGCGCCACGUCCGCGUCUACACCUGCUGUUGCGGGUAUCCCUUCUGUCAAUGUAAACCACGACCUAUCUGUCAGCACCGCGAGAGGCGCACGAUAUACGACGAUGUUUUUACGACCGCGCGGCAAGAGUUUUUGGUACUGGCUUGAUGGGAUGUGGCAGUCUGGACAAUGGAAGGUUGAGGGGCAGGCUCUUGUGGAUUGGAUUUUAGAGAGGGUUAUUGUUAUUCAGGAUAUUUGA